AAUAAUAAUAAUAAUAAUAAUAACAAUAAUAAUAAUAAUAAUAAUAAUAAUAAUAAUAAUAAUAAUAAUAAUAAUAAUAAUAAUAAUAAUAAUAAUAAUAAUAAUAAUAAUAAUAAUAAUAAUAAUAAUAAUAAUAAUAAUAAUAAUAAUAAUAAUAAUAAUAAUAAUAAUAAUAAUAAUAAUAAUAAUAAUAAUAAUAAUAAUAAUAAUAAUAAUAAUAAUAAUAAUAAUAAUAAUAAUAAUAAUAAUAAUAAUAAUAAUAAUAAUAAUAAUAAUAAUAAUAAUAAUAAUAAUAAUAAUAAUAAUAAUAAUAAUAAUAAUAAUAAUAAUAAUAAUAAUAAUAAUAAUAAUAAUAAUAAUAAUAAUAAUAAUAAUAAUAAUAAUAAUAAUAAUAAUAAUAAUAAUAAUAAUAAUAAUAAUAAUAAUAAUAAUAAUAAUAAUAAUAAUAAUAAUAAUAAUAAUAAUAAUAAUAAUAAUAAUAAUAAUAAUAAUAAUAAUAAUAAUAAUAAUAAU